AUGGAAGAAGACAAGGAGUCACCUAUCAUUCUGGGGAGACCGUUCAUGAAAACAUCCCGAAUGAUGAUCGAUAUUGAUGAUGGUAUAAUGAAGUUAAGAGUUCAAGAUGAAGAGCUAUGCUUUAAUCUCUUCGAUGCCAUGAAGCAACCAAAAGACAAGAAUGACUGUUUUCGCAUGGAUGUUACUGAAGAGAGUGUAGUGGAAGUGGCAAACCAAAUUCAUUUAUCUAGCCCUUUAGAGAGAUCUCUUGUUGAAUCUUUCAAUAUUAUGUUAGAAGAAGAAUUCAAACCGGUGGCUCAACCGCCAAGAAGACUAAAUCCAACAAUGAAAGAGGUAGUAAGGAAAGAGGUGAUCAAACUUCUAGAAGCAGGUAUGAUUUACCCAAUUUCUGAUAGUGCAUGGGUGAGUCCAGUACAUGUUGUGCCAAAGAAGGGAGGCAUGAUGGUAAUCCGUAAUGAUAAGAAUGAACUCAUACCAACAGGAACAGUAACCGGGUGGAGAAUGUGCAUCGAUUAUCGUAGACUCAAAAAAGCUACGAGGAAAGAUCAUUUUACCUUACCGUUCAUGGAUCAAAUGCUUGAAAGGUUAUCGGGGCAGAAUUACUAUUGCCUCUUAGAUAGGUAUUCCGGGUACAAUCAAAUUGUGGUAAACCCAGAGGAUCACGAGAAGACAGCUUUCACAUGUCCCUUUGGAAUUUUCGCGUAUAGACGGAUGCCAUUUGGAUUAUGUAAUGCUCCAGCUACUUUCCAACGGUGUAUGCAAGCCAUAUUCUCAGACCUCAUUGAAAAAAGUAUUGAAGUAUUCAUGGAUGACUUCUCAGUAUUUGGAAAAACUUUUGAUAUGUGUUUAAAUAAUUUGGAUGUGGCACUUGGACGAUCUUUCAAUGACCUAAAAGACCGGCUGGCCACCGCACCUGUGAUCGUAGCACCCGAUUGGAAAAACCCCUUUGAACUGAUGUGUGAUGCUAGCGAUUAUGCCAUAGGUGCGGUAUUAGGCCAACGAAAAGGAAAGAUAUUUCAUGUCAUACACUAUGCAAGUAAGGUGCUAAAUGAUGCUCAAGUCAACUAUGCUACCACAGAAAAAGAAUUGUUAGCCAUAGUGUAUGCUCUUGAAAAGUUUAGAUCCUAUCUCAUUGGGACAAAAGUGGUAAUCUACACAGACCAUGUGGCCAUUAAAUAUCUGCUUACUAAACCAGAUUCGAAGCAAAGGCUCAUUCGUUGGGUUAUUCUUUUGCAAGAAUUUCACAUAGAGAUCCGGGAUAAAAAAGAAGCUGAAAUAAAUGAUGAGUUCCCGGAUGAGCAACUUUUUCAACUCCAAAUAAGACCUUGGCUCGCCAAUCUUGCUAACUAUAAAGCAACCGGUAUCAUACCAGAAGACUUUGAUUGGAACAAGAAGAAAAGGUUGUUAGCCGAUGCAAAAUACUAUGUAUGGGACGACCCAUAUUUGUUCAAGAUAGGUAAGGAUGGCAUUUUAAGAAGAUGUGCUACUGAAGAAGAAGCUCAACAAAUUUUGUGGCACUGUCAUAAUUCACCUAGUGGUGGGCAUUUCAACGGAUGGAGGAAGGCAACAAAAGUUCUCCAAUCCAGAUUUUUCUGGCCUACUAUUUUCAAAGACGCCCACCAUCAUGCAAAGAAUUGUGACAAAUGUCAAAGAGUUGGAGGAACAAGUAAACGUGAUGAGAUGCCGCUUCAAACCAUUAUUGAAGUAGAAGUUUUUGAUUGUUGGGGAAUAGAUUUCAUGGGGUCCUUUCUUCCAUCUUUUGCUAAUGAAUAUAUUCUAGUUGCAGUGGAUUAUGUUUCCAAGUGGGUAGAAGCCAUCGCCACACCAAAAGCGGAUGCCAAAACUGUGCUAAAAUUUUUAAAUCGAAACAUAUUCACACGUUUUAGGAUGCCUAGAGUGAUUAUAAGCGAUGGUGGAUCUCACUUUGUUAACGAGCAGGUCUAUGGAAACGCCAAAAAACCGUGGCCUAAAGGUUAUUGGUUUCUGGAAAAAAUCAUCAACGAAGAAGAAGGAGAAUAG